CUUGACGUUAUCAGCAGAGGGAAAAAAUCCCCACAGUCGCCAUAAUACAGCAGCGGAAACGGCAGCGAAGUGGCUAGAAAACAAAAGACAACACGCAGUCGUCCUCGCCAUUUGGUAUGCUCUUGCAGUGUUACAGGAAUGCCCAAGGAAAAAUAUGACCCGCCAGAUCCCAGGCGGAUGUACACAAUAAUGUCCAGCGAGGAGGCAGCCAAUGGGAAGAAGUCAUACUGGGCUGAGCUGGAAAUUAGUGGUCGAGUAAGGAGUCUGAGCACAGCUCUGUGGUCUCUCACCCACCUCACUGCCCUACACCUCAGUGACAACUCCUUGUCACGCAUCCCGCCAGACAUUGCCAAACUACACAAUUUGGUGUACCUGGAUCUUUCAUCCAACAAGAUCAGGAGUCUGCCGGCAGAGCUUGGCAACAUGGUGUCUCUCAGGGAACUGCUUUUAAAUAACAACCAGUUGCGGGUUCUGCCCUUUGAAUUGGGAAAACUGUUUCAGUUACAAACACUGGGGUUAAAAGGAAACCCACUUGCACAAGAAAUUAUGAGCCUCUACCAGGAACCUGAUGGCACGCGGAGACUGCUCAACUACUUGUUAGACAAUCUGGCGGGGGCGAUCAAGCGCAUACCAUCAGAACAGCCUCCGGCCCGGUCAUGGAUCUCUCUCCAGGAACCAGACCGAACCCGGCCAUCAGCACUGUUCUCUGUCAUGUGCUACAAUGUGCUGUGUGAUAAGUAUGCCACAAGGCAGCUGUACGGCUACUGCCCUUCUUGGGCUCUAAACUGGGAGUACAGGAAGAAGUCCAUCAUGCAGGAGAUCCUGGGCUGCAAUGCGGACAUCAUUAGUUUGCAGGAAGUUGAGACAGAGCAGUACUACAAUUUCUUCUUGCCGGAGCUGAAGGAGCAGGGUUACGAUGGGUUUUUCAGUCCUAAAUCGCGAGCCAGGACCAUGUCCGAAUCGGACCGCAAACACGUGGACGGAUGUGCAAUUUUCUACAAGACAGACAAGUUCAGUGCGGUGCAGAAGCACACGGUGGAGUUCAACCAGCUGGCUAUGGCUAACUCAGAGGGCUCAGAGGCCAUGUUGAACCGAGUGAUGACUAAGGACAACAUUGGCGUUGCAGUACUGCUCGAAGUCCGCAAGGAAAUGAUGGAGGUCUCCUCUGGAAAGUCACUGCACGGCAUGGAGAAGCAGCUGCUGCUGGUAGCCAACGCCCACAUGCACUGGGACCCGGAAUACUCUGACGUCAAGCUGGUCCAGACCAUGAUGUUCCUGUCGGAAGUUAAGAACAUAGUGGACAAGGCGACACGCAGCCUCAAGUUGUCCUCGGUUUCUGGUGAAACCAACGCCAUUCCACUGGUGCUCUGCGCUGACCUCAACUCUUUGCCUGACUCUGGUGUAGUGGAGUACUUGAGUACGGGUGGAGUGGACUGCACCCACAAGGACUUCAAGGAGCUUCGCUACAGCGACAGCCUCACCAAAUUCAACUGCAAUGGCAAGAACAGCACAUCCAACGGCAGGAUCACCCACGGCUUCAAGCUGAAAAGUGCUUACGAGAACAGCCUGAUGCUUUACACCAACUACACGUUUGACUUCAAGGGUGUCAUCGACUACAUUUUCUACUCCAAGCCCCACCUGAACGUCCUGGGCAUCCUGGGCCCACUGGACCCCCACUGGCUGGAAGAGAACAAUGUCAGCGGCUGUCCGCAUCCUCACAUCCCCUCCGACCACUUCAGUCUCUUUGCUCACCUGGAGCUGCUCCUGCCCAACGUGCCCCCCCAAGUCAACGGUCUCCAUCUGCCUGCACGCAGGUAGUGAGUCCCUCCUGCCACUCCCACCACAGGGUGGGGGGAGAGCUCUCCCUCUCUCCCCCUUCUCCUCACUCACUACCAGCUCUUCCCUCCACCACACUGGAGGCGGAAGGGAAAAAUGGAGAAAAAAAAAACACCACCUGUAAAAUAUUCGUACAGUGAGGUCUGGCCAACAGGGAUUUCAUAUAAUGUUAUAGAUAUUCUAUAUUUUUUCUUUCUUUCUCUUUUUUUUAACUGCUUGAUUCAGUCCGAUUUGUGUAUCAUAUUUUGUGUUUUGGACUCCCUUUCCUUACCAAAUCCAACCCACCUGUCUUUCCACCUUGCUACACAGGAUGGUCGCCCAUUCAGCUUUUAUGUAGAGAGUUUUAGACUGAGACGACCACAUUUCACUGGAGAAAAGCUUCCAAGCCGAUGGUGCGUCUUGUCUGUCUGUCGUGUACAAACCUGAAACCAGCAAAGACAGCAGACGUGUCACUCUCAGACGACCAUGGUCGUGCCACUUCGCCUGUGGCCGAGCUAGAGCAGCUGGUAGUUGGGAGCGAUGAAGCUUUCCUGCUAUCAUUCUGUGGUGCUCAGGCCUCGUCUAGUGGUCACGGGCCUCCUGCGGUGCUACACCUCUGAACGCUCCCUCCACCUGCUCUGGCCCUUGGUGCAAUAGCUCCCCCCAAAAAAAUCCACAGACCCACCCAACGGUGCUGCAUGACUUCACACAGCCUGUAGGGGUCUGAUGGAGGAUGCUUUGAGAAACCAUCAGCUUGUGUUGCUAGGUUAGUCUGAUAUGGAGCUUGCAUUGAACGCCCCUCUUAAAUUUGGGCAAGGGGCAUUUAGGCUGAUGGGCAAAUACAGACCAGCAUUCCUCUCACUGUCUGCACACACACACACACACACACACACACACACACUCACACACGCACGCACGUAUGUCAUUUCCAGGCAGAUCUGUAGCACUGUCUCAACGGCCAGUAGUGACUUUCCUGCUCCAUCAAUCUGCACACACACACAACAAAAGCAGUGUUUUGUUUUCUUUUGUUCAGUUUUUCCACAAGUGUUUGUACAGAAUAGAGACCUAGACUCAGUCUGUCUUUACAUGAUUGUAUAUGAACCACAAAAAGACCUGUUUUUUCUGGCGUUUUUUUUGUACCAAGAGUAAAUUAUGAUCCGAUUUGAGAGAAGAUUGUAUGUACACUAUGGCUAAAUUUUUAUCCAGUUGACAUGAAAUUGAAUAUGACCAGCUUGUACAAACAACGUUAAGAAGAAGAAGAAGAAGAGGUUGUUCACGGCGCUCCCUGUCACGACUUUGCACUCCUUUAGAGAUGAAUGGUAAUGUAGUGUGUCGUGUUUUUAAACACCCUUCCCCUUCUCCCAUUGCUGAUCUUUUUGAUUUGCUGGCAGAUUGCUGCGAUUGUACAUAGACACUUUGAGUACAUCUGCCUCUUGCUUUUACCAAGCCAUCAAUCAUCUUCCCCCCCACCAGCUCACCUCUGCAUCCACACGCGCACACUAACACACAGGGCGUGCGACUGACACCCCAACACACGUCCAAGCAAAACAUUGUGCCUCAUGGUAGCUCUUGUUGUCGUCUUGCACUACUACUUCUAACAUUUGACGGACGCCUGAACAACCUUUUCUGCUUUUAUUUUUAAAUACUGUUGAGACAUUUGUGAAGAUUUUAUGUCCUUGUUUUGUUUUGUUACAAGUUGCUUUUCCUUUUUUAUGAGCCGUGACAAUGUCGAUGAUGUUGUGUAUAUCCUUCCUAUGCUUUGAUCUCCCCUUAGUAAUCAGGUAUGUGUGUGACUCUACCCCCUCUGUUUAGGAUCAGGAGUGUCUUUUUAUAAAAAAAAAAAAAAUUCAAAGAAAAAAGUCGUCAUUGUACAUUAGCACACAUCUACCACCUGGACUUCCCCACGCCCCCGUCCACCCCCACCCCGAAGCCAAUUUGCCCAUCACUGUAAUGACCCUUUAUUUAGUCAAGCUGCGUCUCUUUUUAAAAUCCUUUUUGAGCAACCACUUUGUAUCAUUCACCCCCUCGCCGCUGCAGCUACUGUGCCAUCCAUGGACCUCCUUCACCCCCAUUCACCUCUCACCUAUCCCCACCAAGAGGGGCGCGUCAUCCACUGCCCCCUCCCCCCCAUACCAUACAUGACAAGCACUUAGCAGACCGUCAUCCUCUCACAUUAGUGACUACUUAGUCACUACUUUUUAAAGCGGAGGGAAGUAAAUAGGAAAUAUGAAGUUAGUCCUCAGAGCUUUUUUUUCUUGUCCUGUUUGCCUCCUCCACGGUUUUUAACUGUUUUCCAAUGAAAACCCAACUGUGUCCAGUUUGAUUUUGUUUCUUUUUUUCUCCUCCUGAAUGGCAUUAGUAUUGUAGUAAAAAGCUAGCUUUUUUUUUUGUAAAGUGUGAAUAAAAGCUGUAUCUCAUGUUUCCUUUCUAAAAUGAUAUUGAAUUGUGUUGAUGUAUAAAUAAUGAAUUCUAUGAUGGUAACGUUUGCAACAUACAUGUUUUUACUUUGAAUGCUUUCUCCGCCCACCCCCCCUCGUAUGCUCUUUAUCCGCCACAAACCAAAUCCUCUGUCGUGUUGAGGAGAAUGUCCGGGUGAUGCCCACAGGAUGAAGGUCAGGAAGGGUGGCAUCUUUUUGGUGUCAGAACAGGGAUCUUCAACCUUCCUUUUACAUUUGUGCUUGGUUUUUGUUAGCUUUAUUUUGGAUGUUUCCUGGCACUAGCUGGAGAGUGCUAGUGCCUGAAGGUGAGGGCAGCAGAGCUGACCUCACGGCUACUGCCGCUGGUCGCCAGACUGCUGCCGUGACGAGUCCCAUCGCGACGUUUGUGCUUGGAUAUGUCACACUUGACUACGCUUGAUUUGAUUCUCGCAGGACAGGGCAAGGUUGUGUAAUCAUGUCGUUGGGCUUUUGUCAUUUCCACUGUUGUGAUUUCCCAAGCUGCAUCUCUUAUUAUUUUUUUUUGCGGUGCACACCAAAGCUGCUUGUAGUCACCAAUCAUUCACAAUUGUAUCCAAAUGAUGUGAACUGUAGGGCUGCAAGGACUAGUUCUCUGCUUAUUUACGUCAUGACACCUUUUCAAUGAAUUGAUUGCAUCCUUUUUAAGAUAAAUGGCAAUAAUACUCCCCGACACUCUGACACAUUUGUAGGCAUUUUCUCUGGCGACUAAUGUAGCUUUUUGUCAUCUUGAUCUCUUGUGCUUUCUUGUUCUUUCAAACAACGCUCCACUCACUGAAUAGAUUUCAUGCAUCACUUGUAUAUUUGCUUAUCCUUUCCUCCCCGCUGACCUUGUGCUCGUCGUUCAACGAUCAGGAUUGUCUUUAUCGAUCUGUAGUCAGCUGAGUACAUUUUAUUGAUCUGUCACUGUGUUUAUGCACUGGACCAACUAUUGUUUACCAUUCAUAAAAUACCAGCAAAAAAAAAAUCAAGUAAUUAAAAAGACGACAAAACACUUGCACAAUGUUGUAGAAUGUCCAUUAACCCAGAUGAGAAAUCAAGGCAGCUCUUUUCAAAUCAACGCAUACUGUUUUAAAAAGGAACUGAAUGGUAAACAAUGUUUUCUCUUGUAUCCUUAUUAGCCGUCCUCUCAAUUCUCUUUUUGGACUAGUUUUUGUACUUCUUUAUUUUUGGUUCAUUGACUACAGGUUCUGCUUGUUUCCUCUUUUCACCUACCUGUGUAUUUUCCUACUUCUUGUUCAGAAUAAAUUCUAUAUUAUCUGUUUCAA